CCCUAUUUUUAUCCAUCUUCGCUGUAAGGGGAAGUUAAUCCAUUACGUCCAAAUAAUCCGAACUUUUGCGGCAUCACACUAAUUUGUGCGCUCAAAUUCGUGAGUAGACCAUUGUGGCGGCCAUUUGUGUAUUCUAACAAGUCUGUCCUCAAGGAGAAUGAAUAGUUAAGAAAAUUCAAGGUGAUAUCAAGCGGAGUUUCAGAGGAUUCCAGAGCGGUCGUCGGAGUUAACAGGUGGUUUCCAGUAGAACUCUUGAAUGUUUAAGAUUCAACAUGUUACCAAUAAUGAUGCGAAUAUGCAUCAUCCAUUUCGGCUUUCUAUCGAUGCUGGCAAACGCAUUGUACAUUCCAGACCGCUCGACUACGAAUGCUGAACUCAACUACCGUAACAUGAACAUCACAGAUUUCAACUUCGCCUUAGUAGAGGUUGAAAACCUGUCGUCGGAAACGUUGUACAUUAAUUUAGAAGGAAAUGAUCUAACGUCCAUGCCGGAUAACAUCGCGAUGUAUUUUUCGCAGAUGGAAAGGAUCAUACUGAACGACAACUUGCGCCUAUCGUUCCCACCAGAUGGUAGCCCAUUUCUACGGUCUCCCUCCUUGAUUGAACUGAUAUGUGAACGUUGUGGGAUUCAUAAGAUUUUCACCCGAUCCCUACGCCAUCUGCCUCAUCUGGAAUAUUUAUGGCUCAGCGACAAUCAGAUCAACCAAAUUGCACCAUAUGCCUUUCGUAGGAAUCAACGCCUUCAGAAUGUUGAUUUAAGCUUCAAUAAACUCUACACCGUACCAGCAGACAUGUUGAAAGGCCUAUUCCGCAUGAAGGUGCUUGAUCUGAGCAAUAAUCCAAACCUUGGGUUGAAAAAUGACGCACAUUUUCUUGCUAGCAAUGUUCUGCGGGUGCUCAAGUGCAACUAUUGUGGAUUUACGGAAUUAUACGAGGAAACUUUUUCGGACUUGACCAACCUCAAGGAGCUGCACCUGGAAGGAAAUCCAAUUCUGGCAAUUCCAUACCUACGCGUUCCUGUAGUUUUGAUUAUUCGACGAGGAUUGCAAUCAUCAUCAGACAAAAAUGAGCUGUACAACAGCAGCGGCUAUCGUUACUCGGAUUGGUGGUGGAACGGAACUGUUGUUUAUGUAUAAUAUUCACAUAUUUUAUUCACAAUUAAGGUCCCAUUGGACAUGACAAAUAUUUGGCCAAACAAGUCCAACAAAUGACCAACACAACGUGAAUCAUAGCAACUUUGGAUUAAUGUCGGACUUCAA